GUUGGUCGAAUAAGGGUAGAUUAGUCUUUACAUUCUGUUCAAGUUAUAUGCUUAUGUGGCAGUCCUAAUAUUACUUCUGUAGUCAUCUUGUCCCAUACUUAAGUGGGGGCAGUUUAGUCUUUGUACACUAAUUAGAAUCCGUAAUUCAUAUUAUGGUCAACUAGUAGGGUUUAGCCUAAUAUUUCUCUUCUGGUUCGAACUGCUGAAACUACUGCCGUAACAUGGUAUCAAAGCGCUAAACGAAGGACAAGGCUGCGGCUUCAAGUUUCCUAUUCUGCGAUCUCUCCUCCUGUUUUCUCCUUCUCUGGGCUGCGAAAUCUGAGUGUUUGGAGACUACUGUAGCGUUACCUUGACAGCAGUACUCGUUUGGUGACCGAGGGUUCAGCAUUAAAAGUAGCAUUGGAGGGACAUAAUGGCAGCAACUGGAGAUGGUGGUAGUGAUCAGAAACCUGGUGUGAUGAUUCCCUUGGACUAUCUGGGUGUGCAAAUGACUUCAAUUAAACUCAAUGGUGAGAAUUAUGUGCCAUGGGCCAAGUCAAUGGAAAUUUUUCUCAAGGCAAAGAGGAAAGUGAAGCAUGUGAAUGAAGAUAAACCAUCCGCUGAAUCUCUAGGGUUUGAUGGCUGGGAGCAAGAUGCCCAAAUGAUGACAUGGUUGUGGAACAGUAUGGAACCCAAAAUAAGUGUCAACUCUAUGUUCUUAGAUGCAGCUAAGGACAUAUGGGAACAUGUCAAUAAGCUUUAUUUUGGACAAGAUGAUACUACGAGGGUAUAUCAGCUCUAUCAGGAGUAUUUCAAUCUGCAGCAAGGGAAUCAAACCCUAGAAGAAUACUAUGCCAGUAUGAGAAACCUCAUAAAUGAACUCAAUGUCUAUCGUUCCCUAACUCCAGAUGUUAAGGUUCAGCAACAACAGAGGGAGCAAUUGGAUCACUAGGUUCUUAGCGGGGCUUAAAUCAGAGUAUGAAUCAAUUAGAGCACAAAUAUUGGGAGGCUCUGUUCUUCCUACACUUGAGGAAGUAUUUGCACAGCUUUGCAGGAUUUCUUUGGGAUCAACAGAGAGUACCACCCCGUCUGAUAGAUUAGUAUUUGUGGUAGCCAGAGGAGGUGGACUUGGUAAUAGAGGGGGAGGGCAUGCAUCUUGAGGAGGUCGUGGUGGUUCCAUGUUUGGCCAUGGAGGUGGUCGUGACUCAAGGGGAGGUCGUGGUAAAGGAAGCAGUAACUCUAUUUGAAAGUGUACACACUGUGACARGGAAGGACAUUCAGUGAAUUUCUAUUAUGAUAUCCAUGGCCCACCUUCUACAUGGGUUAGUCAUGCAGUAACUAGUGGGGUUGAUGUCGAUGAUAACCAACAGACAAAUCUAGCACCUUCCACAUCUACAUCUGCUUCCGGGAAGGAGAUGAUGAGUAUACCGCAAGAUGAGUAUGAGAGGUUCUUCAGGUUACUUCACAACAUACUAGAGCCACCCUUGCACACUCAAGUAUAGUUUGAUUGGCAUCCAAGCUCUCCCUUGGAUUAUUGACUCUGGAGCCUCCGAUCACAUGACCGGGACUCCAGGUGUGUUCUCUUCCCUCUUUGAAACUUCCACAUCUCAAACUAUUACCCUAGCCAAUGGUUCAUCUUCUCCCAUCUGUGGUGUUGGUAAUGUUGGCACAACAUCUCUUUCUUUAUCAUAUGUUCUAUAUGUACCUAAGUUUUCAUUUAAUCUUAUGCCAGUUAGUAAAUUAACUAAGACCCUUAAUUGCUCUAUUACAUUUUUCCCUUCAUUUUGUGUUUUUCAGGAUCUCAAGAUGGGGAAGAAAAUUGGUAGAGGGCAUGAGGCCGGUGGAUUGUAUUAUCUUGACGGUAGUGGAUCAUUAGUUACACUUCAAACUUCCCUAACUCCUCUACAAUGGCAUUGCCGGCUGGGACAUCCAUCUCUCAAGGCAUUCAAGYUACUGGUUCCGUCUUUGAGUCAUUUGUCUUCUUUACAAUGUGAGUUGUGUCAGUAUGGGAAACACCAUCGGGUUUCCUUCAAUCCUAGAGUUGAUAGUCGUAU